AUGUUGACUACUACCAUCUCCUUACUGAUAGCUGUGACAUACCUGCUGGUGACAUUGGCAUACACUUGCGACAUAAGUGUUAACGUCAUCGCUCAGACCGAUGGCCCUAUUUACGCACGAUUCAAAUUUCACAACGGAACCAAAAGCAAAAUAUAUCACCUCAGGCGGAAAGACGACAAGAAAACACUGCGCAUCAAAGACAGCGUAUGCAAUCUGCAGCCAACAAUUUUGAGAACUUAUCAGAAACACCCCGGCCCAGGCGUGAAGUCCUUUGGAAAGACAAGCGCUUUCAUUGAAGGAGUCGGUUCAGCUAACUAUUUAGUGUAUCGUGAUUCGGCUCCUCGUAUGGGAAUGAGAGUUGGAGUAACAUGCGCAUUUGGCGGUUGUACCGCAGUUGGAAGAUGA